UCACUCAACCCUAAAAUUUAAAUUACUCAUAACGGACACUCGCAGAUCCGAUGACAGAAAAUUUCCCAAAAAUCUGGCCGACCAUUUCAAAAAACAGACUGUAAUCCUGAAUAUCUAGAACCGGUGAAUUUCGACAAUUUCCGUCAAGAUUAUAACAUUGCAGAGCCCCUAGCGCAGUAGCAGCAAAGCACAAGAGUAUCUCCCCUGGGAAAAUCCCCGUCACACAUCUUUGAAGUCCCGAAAAGGCCGUACCCGUUGCAGCCGGUUUAUUCAAGCAGCAAGCCAUGAGCGGGAGAAGCAGCAUAUUACGGAUGAUGGUAUUUUACUGAUUUUUGUUGAGUAGACAGAUAGAAUUACAUCUGCUUGCCAUGGAGGAGCCUACUUUUGAAGAAAUUGUUCUGCAAGGGAUAUUUGAUUUGAAAAAUGAGGUGGUUCGAGAGUUUGAAUCACACCAGAGACUCUACAACGAGGCCUUAAUUUCCAUCUGUUUCCUCAAAGGAAUUGAUCCACCGCCCUCGUUGGUCGCCAAUUCAGGAGCAGCUGUUAAGACCUCAAAGCACAAGAAUUCGAUAAAUAGCAUCAGCUUGAAUGGGCGGUUUUCCGAGGCGUAUGAGGGUUAUUUCUGUACGAAGCGGGGUUCAUCCACGGCGGAUCGGCCUGCAUUUUAUCAGGGUGCUACUAAGAGACGUAGGCUUGAAAAGAAUUUAGGGAGGUUUGAAGAAAAUGGAGAUGGUGGUCGGCAAAUUGCUGGGGACGAGCCAGUGGUGGGGAAAGGGCAUUGUCAGGACACCCAGGAGGGAAAUGAGGGAAAGUCGGAUUUGCCACAUACCUUUGUGGAUGGACUUGAAGAGUUGGAAAAACAAGAAGAAAGAGAGAGUGACAAUGGUGGUGGUGAGGAUAACUGCAGGGUUGGAGGGACAACACCUGCCAGAGAGAAUUUGCUCAAUGCCCACAGGGACAGAAGGGACGAGAAGAGAGAAGGAGGAGGUGGAGAAGAAGAAAAAGAGGACAUCAAUGUAGUCCACAAGGGUGGUAGAGGAGGGAGAAGGAGAGUGGGGGCUAAGGAGAAGAAAAAGAAGAGUGAUGUAGCAGCAGCAUUGCCUGUUGGAAGAAUUACACGAUCCAAGGCAAGGCAAUGCCAGAUUGUUCUCAGUGCAGAAAAGGAGACUGGUAAGAGAAAGGCUAUAGAAUCAAAAGAGCAGCCCGAGGCCACGAGGAAUACCCGUGCCAGGCACAAGUUGCAGACUACGGUUGAGGUUCCCGAGGAGCCUAUGAAUGUGGCUGCCAUGGUGUCUCCAUCAGCAUGUCCUGAAAUGGCGGUCUCACUGCAAACAGGAGAGAGAAACAGUUCAUCUCCAUUGCUCUAUCCUGUCCUACCACAAACAGGAGGGAUAGGCAAACCAUCUCUAUUGCCUUCUCCUGUCACUGUGGCCUUAUCACAAACGGGAGGGACAGGCAACUCAUCUCCAUUGCCUUCUCCUGUCAUUGUGGCCUUAUCACAAACGGGACGGACAGGCAAGUCAUCUCCAUUGCCUUCUCCUGUUAAGGCAGUUCCAUCACAAACAGGCGGCAGAGAAAGCCCAUCUUUAUUUCCUUCUCCUGUCGUAGCAGUGGCACCGCAAACAAGAGACAGAGGUAACUCAUCUUCUGAGACCAAUGAGAUUAAUGCUACUGAGACCAAUGAGAUUAAUGCUAUAAGAGAUAAUGCUGCCUACAGAGAAGAAAUGGUGACUGUAGAGAUGAAACCGAAUUUCUUGGAGCUGGUCUGUGAGUAUUCUAAUGAUAUGGAUUAUUGUACGAGAGUCCCAGAGGAAGACACAACAAAAGUAUUUCAGGAAUGUACAGGAGGUUGGCCAUCCUCAAGUCCUGCGAUGACCCUUCAACAAAACAAAGACAAUUCAGCAGCACCUGUCAUGAUUCAGUUGGAAGUUGUUGCUAUGAGAGAUAAUGUUGGUCAUGGAGAAGAAAUAGUGACAGGAGAGGUGAAACUGAAUUCUUUGGAUUUAGUCUGUGAGGGUUCCAAUGACAUGGAUUGUAAGAGAAUCCCGCAGAAAGACACACCAAAAAUAGUUCAGGAAUGUGCAGAAGGAUGGCCAUCUCCAAGGCCUUGCCGUGGAAACAGUGCUGACAUGAAAGAUGCAGAACAGUCAGAAGCCUUGAAUGCCAAAGAUGCGGAACAGUCAGAAGCCUUGAAUGCCAAAGAUGCGGAACAGUCAGAAGCUUUGGAUGCCAUAGAAACUAUUCAGCUGCAGGAUACCUCAAAUAUUGCUGAAAAUGGACAACUCUCACACAUGACAACUCCAGAAAUGCAGAUCCCGAGUCAACUUCAGGAUAGCUUGCACCCACUUGAAAGGAAAGCAUUCGGGAAUAUUGUACAAGUAGAUUCAAGUUCAGUCAGUAAGAGCUCAAUGCUACCAGAGAUGCUGACAUCCCAAUGCAGCAUACCUCAUCCAGCAAAUACUUUGAGGAGCCGAAGUGUGGGCUUAGAUCGUUCCAGAAGUGUUUUAGUGAAAGAAACAAUGAGUGACAGUAAGUUGCUUGUUAGCAUAAAACAAGCACAUAAUGCUAUAGCAGGGAGGGAAGAGUUUUUAUUAAAGAAGGAGAUGCCAUUUAGCAAGUUCGCAAGAUUGUGUAAGCCAUCUGAAAUGCUCUAUUCGCAAGGUAACCAAAACCAAAACUAUGUUUCUCACAAAGAAGGUUCACCUGGUCUGAAAGUUGCAAUGGAAGAAUUAACAGGGAAUGAAGAUACUGAAACUCCAAUUAGUCAUGAUGUUUUUCAGCAAACAUCUAUUUGUAGAUCAUCCUCCUUUAACAAUGAUGCAGGUAAGCAGUCCACAGAAAUGGAACUUGAAACAAUUUCGUCUGCAGCAGCUUUGCGUGUCUCUUGUCAGAGUUUUCCAGGUGUAAUGGAGGAUCUAUCCAUUCAUUCAGUCAAGACCGGUGUACUAGAGGGCUCAUAUGGCAACAAAAUUGAGCCGUCUUGGAGUGAUUGUGAUCCAGUGAGAAGCACUCUGAAUCAUGGUAUGGGUGAAUGUGAAGAAGGUGGUUUGAUUCCCCAAAACGGAAGGCCAACAUCUUCCAUGGAUAUGAGUGUCAAGGUCCCAUCAGAAGAAGAGGAGGAUCUGACAUCUCAGAUGGUAGAAGUUACAGAGUUUGGGGCUCAAAAACAUGAUGAAUCCUCUCUUUCUCCUCUUCAAUCAGGGGUUUCCCCAGGGAAGUUGGGGGCCUUAGAUUCUGAUCUUCGAAGUUUCUGUCAGGUUGAAGCUGGUAUGAGGCAGAGAGAAAUUUUGUGUGAUGCCCCUAGAAAUACACCUGUAGAUUUAAAAGAUAGAAUUCCAUCGAUUCGAGGCAAAUCGUUUUCUAGAAACAUGGUUCCCUGGAAAGAAGAUCGAGCUCUGAAGCUGCAAAAUAAAUCCUGGCCUGGAUAUCAGAAGCAACGAUCCCUUGCACAAGAAGAAUUUAGCUCUGCCAGGCAACCAAGGUUGUUGCGAAGUGAGUCAUGUUCAAAGGCUUAUGAGUAUAACACAUCUGUUCAGGGUGCUACUCUUGAUGGUGUUGGUCUAAAUGAUUUGGUUGAAAACGAUGAACAGAGACAUGAUGACAUGGUGAUAUUUUCACCAAAAGAUUUCUCUUGUCCACAAGAAGGAAGUUUGGAUGCUUUUCUGUCUUCUGAAAUGAAGAGGGAUGAAAAUCUAUCUCCCAAAGACAUUGAAUGUCGACAAAUGGCAAGGCUCCUAUUGAACGAGCAAUUUAAGAGAGAAAAAUUAUCUAUGAAGAUGGGAUAUCCAAGACUCUCAUGUUUGACAGAUUUGGCAGAGCAAAAAUGUCUGAGUAGGAAUGAAGUUUUCAGUAGAAAUUUACCUUCAUACACAGCUUAUGCCAAGAUUAAGGAAGGCUCUUUGAGUUGUAUAGGAUUGCCUCAAUUUGAAGUUGAUGGCAUGUCGUCAAAUUGCACCUCUGUUUCCUUUUUACUGGAUAAAACUCACCUACAUGCUACACCAUCAAAAUCUCAGUCAUUUGGGUACAGUUUCGAAGUGACUAGUCCUCAAGAUCGUGGGCAACAGGGUGAUUCCAAGACUGUACCUUCAGAUGAGGCUAUUUCAGAGUUCUCUUUCCAGAAGGUGCUAGGUGGCAUGGACAAAUGCGACAUGAUAAGGACACCUUUAUUGAAAAGAAAUGUGGUUACAGAGUUGGGUCAGUGUGGUUUAAGUAAGUCAGUUGCAGUCAAUAAGAAGCCUUCCAAUCAAUUUGGACUAGAGUUUCAUGAGGUUUUUACAGGUGGUAAAGAUUCCCUUGUGAAAAGGGAUAUGGAAGCUACAGAGUUGUACAAUGGUUUUCACUCAUUCACUCCAAUGCCUAAUAAAAUGUUGAAGUGCAGAAAACACACACCAUCAGAUGCUCGAUGGACUCAUAUUUUCUCAGACUCUAGUGACCACUCAGAAAAUUCCAUCAAAUGUUGGGGUAGGGAAUAUCCAUCAGCCAUUGAUUAUUCAGGUUCAUUGACCCCUGCAGGUGGAAUGUUAUUUGACAGAACUGUCACAAAUUCCACGGACACAGACUCCAACUUGUUUGCAAAGCAAGUUCAAAUCAACAGAGAGCAUGCUGGAUGUUUUCCUAUUGAAGAGGAAAUUCUGGUUGAGGAGGAGAGUAUGGAUCACCACACUGCAACAAAUAAGCUUGGAAAAAGAUUUGGCUCAUCGAGUAAUAAAAGUGUUCUGAGUACCAAGAAUAUUUUGACAGACUCAGCAAAACACAAUUCUCCCUUAUCUACUCCAGGUGGAAGAUUCUGUGAAAGCAUCAUCACAAGCUCCACGGACAAAAGACUGAAUCUGUCCAAAAAGCAAGCUUUGUUGAGCCCAAAAUGUUUUAAUUUUUCAAAUCUUGGAGGGCAGGCUUGUGUAAAGGAGAAUAUAAAUGGGUUGCAAAAGAGAUAUGGUUCAUCCGUCAGAAAGGAUGAUUCAAAAACGCCCAAUGUAAGAGCUGGUAGCAACUUUGCGAGCCAGAUUUCACCAAGGAUCAGUCAGAAACCGAGCAACAUAUUAUGCAAUGUGAAAUCUUUUAUUCCAUUAGUUCAGCAGAAACAGGCAGCAGCAUCAAUUAUGACAGGAAAGAGAGAUAUCAAAGUGAAGGCUUUGGAGGCUGCUGAAGCUGCAAAACGACUUGAAGAGAAAAGGGAACAAGAACGCAAAAUGAGGAAGGAACUAGCCAGGCGUGGUGAAAAAGAAGGUGAAGAAUCAAGUAUUGCCUGUAGUGACAGUAAUAAAUCAAUAUCAAGUGGCAUGGCAAGAAAAAAGCCAGUGGGAUGCACCUUGCAGUCCCAGGCAGGCACUUCUGUGAUUGGUGUUGAUUUGAAGUUAAGAAGAGCUUUAGAAGCAAAGAAUAAAUUGGAGCAAGAUAAAUUGAGAAAAUUGGAGGAGAAAAAACAGAAAGAGGAAGAACGGAAAAAAAAUGCAGCAGAGGCUGCAGCAAAUAAGAGGAAAAAGGAAGAGAUGGACAAGAGAGACCGCGAGGAAAAGCGGAGGCGAUUGGAAGAAGCACAGAAACAGCAGAAGGAACUUGAGGAACAACUUCGUGCAGAGAAGGAAGCAAAAGAACAGAGGCGCCGAGCUCUGGAUGAUUAUGAGCGUAAGAGGAAGGCAAUGGAGGAAGAGGCAAAGAAGCAGCGCCGUAUAGAGAAGGAAAGGGAAGCUGCUGAGCGCAGACGGCGGAUAGAGGAGGAUGCCAAGUCUAACAAAUUUGUAUCAAAGGAUGCAAAACACAUGCAAGACGUCCAUCAGCAUAAUGAAACAACACUUCAGGCCCCAAAUGCAUAUGCUGGAAAGGUAUCGAGCAUGUCAACUAGUUUUGCAAAAGGUACACUUGAAACAGAAGGGCAGUCAAUGUUGGACAGCAAUGCAAGUCUAUCAUCAAAAUCCAACAUCAAUAUUGAAUCUUAUGAAAUAUCACCUUAUAAAGGUUCAGACGAGGAGGACAACGAUGAUGUAGCUCCAGGAAAAAUCAUACCACUAUGGGCAAGGAAAGAGAAUUUGAUUCCACAUAUCAUCAGUCAACAAUAUAUUGACCCUGAUGAGAUAUUUACUGGUGCAAGAACUUGCAGCUUAAAUGAAGUUUUUGAGUCUAAUGGAUCAAAUAGGAGGAGAGAUUUCAAACGGCGGAGUCACAGUGGGGAAUGGCUUAAUGACUGUUUUACGUGGAAAGAAGAGUAUCAAUACAAGUUACAGAUGGGAUACAUAAAUAAGGGUGAUUAAAAUUAUUAAAUGGAUUUAGGUUAUCUUGUCUGCUUAUCAGCAUGUUUGUGCCUGUUAUCACAGUUCUUCUACAUUAAAGAUGAAUUUUGUGAAUUUAAUGGGCGCACUAUAUGAACCAUAUUUUUUUAAUUGACAAAAGGCUGAUACUUGGAGUCAAAGAUAUCAUCUUGCUGGGAAAGUAUGUAAAUGAGCCAUAAGGAAGCUGGCACUAAAAAGGAAAUUCGGAAAGCCUGUAUAUUAUUUGAUCCUCUUUGAUUUAUAAGGAUGGCAAUUAAUGCAUGAUUAAUUUCAAUUUUUCAGUUCUUCCUUCA